AUGUCAACCACUGCAAACUCCGCAACUCCCAAUCGGCCUAAAUCCCUUGACGAAAUCUUGAGCCACCUCAAGACGUUUGUAGACCGGUUGAGAGACAAGGGCAAAACCCAGGAACACGAGCAAUUCAACCCGAUCUACCAAAGCCUCUACACGUGGAACAAAAGCAACCCCGAGCGAAUUUACGACGCCUACGAGACGACGAAGCUGAAUGGCUUGUGGACCGAAUAUUUCCAGCCCAAGAAGGGAGCUCGGGGAGAGUACGACCCCUUUGGAAAUGGAACUGGGGGGCAAAAAUACAAGACGAGACUUUUAGGCAAGGGCACUGAGAUCGGAGAGGAAGUGACCGCUAUCAUCACUGGCGGUACUAGGCAACAACCACAACGACAAACAAACACGAACACGCACACGCACACGACGGUGUAUGACGGGGGCGUCUGCCAGACAUGUGAUGAGAAUGGAGGCGGUUCCUAUGGCGAGAACGUACCGGCCGAGGAACGACAUAAUUAGGCCUUUUCCAAGGACGGACAAGCCAAACCCCCCAACGGAGAACAAGCAAGCAACAACUCGAGGAGGACCAGGAGGAGUUGAGUUAUGGAUUCGGCGGGGCCGAGUCAAGAUGGUCGAGUUAGAGGAUGAUAAUUCAAGGAUACUGGCUGCGGCGUUUUCAGUUAGGCAGUUUCAUCAUCGGCAAAAGGAACCGAGAUCGUGGAUAGCUUGAACUGAAGGCUCAGAGCGAGGGUUUGGGUAGGGUUUCUGGGCGUUG